GAACGAUUGUAUCCCAAAAUGCAGCGGUACCGUUUCCUGUCUGACCGGCGAGAUCCAGGGCACCAGCAAGCAGUCAGGUUUUCUUAACUAUGUAGCUUCCGCUGUGGAUUGCCGGAGAACUCCAUUAAUUGUAUUUUGUGGGUUGUAUUUCAGUAUGUGCUAGAUUUCCUCACAACAAACAAAGGCGGUGGUUGCCUGAACGCUUGUAUUUCAGACACGCUUUAAUAUGCGGUGAUUGUCGAGGUGGAGAGUGUACGGCACAGCUGUGUGGGUGAUGCAACACUUUUGGUCAGAGCUGUAAAAAGCUUGAUUUUUGCUGGAUCUUGCUUCUAUGAAGACACUUGGUGUUACAGAUAUUUGUCAAGCUCAAAUACACCUGGUGCCUAUUUUUCCCUUUUUACUACGUGCUACCUGUUUAGCGCACUGCGUGGUAUUUCUUCCAGUUACUGCCAUAUCGAUCAAAGUUUUUGCUGGAAAAAAAAAUACCACACACUAAAUUCUCAUUAGCAUUUACCACCAGUUAACACUCUGCAUUUUACUAUGCAUUAGGACAGUUUCAUGGAAAUUUGCAGCCUGCUUUCUGGCUGGGGAAUAGUAUAAAAAGGCCCAGCAUUCCACUGUGUUCUUUGCCCAUCAGGAUACUGCAGCCCUGCAAUCCCUGUGUGCUGAGUCUUUAUGAAUAAUGGCUGAGCAGGCAACCACCUCUGCUGGUCCUCAGAAGGCACGACUGCGCCUUAUGAAGUUCUCCGCGCAAGAGCUGGAGAUACUGGUCACUGAGGUGGUCAAUAAUUAUGAUGUCUUGUUGGGCCCCCUCUCCACCAAAACCCCUCUGUCCAGCAAGCAGGCCAUCUGGGAGGCUAUGUUGAGCCGUAUUAAUGCCCUGGGGGUCUGCCAACGCACUGUGGAGAUCCUCAAAAAACGCUGGGCAGACUUUAAAAGGAAAACCAAGGAGAAGCUGGCAAAACAUGGCGUCUCGAAGGAGCAGCUCAGCCCCCUGGAGAGCCUGGUGGAGAGCACCCUGCAGCCAGAGCAUCUCCAGGACACCUCCAGGAUUCAGAAUGGGCCUGUCCUGGAAGACAUCGUUGCCCAUGCCAGUGUGAGGGUGGAGUCUGCCCACACUGCACCGGAAGUACUCGAUAUUAAAGAGGAGGCCUCGGAGAUUGAAGAGUUCCCAGUGAACAGCACUGAGCACGGCUCUGACCAGGACCAAGGCUCCUUUGAGUUCCAGUUCAUCCACAUUAAAAACGAAGAGCCUGACAUGAACAGUGUCAGCAUCGAAGUGGAGGACUCAUUGACCAUGGACCCUGUGCAGCAGUCCCAACCCUGUCCCUACUGCCAGUAUACCUUCACAACGGCACAUUACCUAGAGAAGCACUUGCAGAGGAGACACACUGUGGAAUACAUGGAGAUCGUGGGAGCGCAGUCAUCCAGCCACAUAAAUCCACUGUUACACCACGGACAGCAGCCAGCUUUCUGCCCGGAAGAUGGACCUCCAACAACACAACAGCCCAUCAGACAACACACCCCAGGCUAUCCCACAACCCGGCUAUCCAGAGUCCCGAGGAGGGCAGGGGGGGUCACACAGCGGGGCCAACCCAGGCAGAGGGCUCCUAGCUUCAACUGGGAGGAAAAGAGCCUCCUGGUGCAGGAGGUGAUGACAAAUAGAAAAGAGCUGCUGGGCAAUUUCUUACUGAAACCGUCCCAGAAGAAAAGAAAAUGGGAGCGCAUUGCCCAGAAAGUGUCCGCUCUGGGGUACCAUCGCAGAACAGCAGCAGACAUCCAGAAGAGGUUUUAUGACCUGCGGAGGGAAAUUCGGACGAAGAUGGCGGCUCUGAGGUGUGCCAGGGUGAUGACAGAGGGGGAGCUGCCCCCCAGGUCUCCAUUGACAGAGGAGGAGCAGUGCAUCCUGACAACGCUGGACGCUGUCGCCAUGCAGGGCAUCGUAGGGGUGGACACUGCAGAGCCACAGCUCACAGCAUGGAGGGAGCAGCCACGCAGGACCCCAUUCACCCAGGUGGAGCCGCGUGUGUUACAGGGGCUCAUCGGUAUAGACACUGCAGACCCACACCUCCUCACAGCCAGUCGAACAGCACAUGUGUUGAGCUGUGAGGUGCUGCCAGUGAAGGAGGAACAGACAGCAUCACUGUCUCCACUAGCCUCUCCUGCCCAGACUCCCUCCCCAGCCCCCAGCCCUCCACACACUCACAGAGACACGUCACUGAUACAGAACUGUCCCAGAGCGGAGGCACUACACUCCCCCACCACCAGCCCCUCACCUCCCCCUUCACCUGCAAGACCAGCCUGCCCCCCAGGGCAGCUAGCAGCAGACCCCUCCGAGCUCCUGGUCCAGGUUAUAGAGGCACAAUCGUUAUCGGUCAAACCCGUUAGUCAAGUCACGAAGCGGGGGAAGCCGAGACAGAGGGCUCCCCGAUUCAACCAUAAAGAAAACCGCCUCCUUGUCAAGGAGGUUGUGAACAAUAAGAAAGAGCUGCUGGGCAACUUGGUACUGAAACCUUCCCAGAGAAAACGAAAAUGGGAGCGCAUUGCUCAGAAAGUGUCCGCUCUUGGGUACCAUCGCAGAAGAGCAGCAGACAUCCAGAAGAGAUUUUAUGACCUGCGGCGGGCAGUUCGGACGAAGAUGGCGGCUCUGAGGUGUGCCAGGGUGAUGACAGAGGGGGAGCUGCCCCCCAGGUCUCCAUUGACAGAGGAGGAGCAGUGCAUCCUGACAACGCUGGACGCUGUCGCCAUGCAGGGCAUCGUAGGGGUGGACACUGCAGAGCCACAGCUCACAGCAUCCAGUCGAACAGCACAUGUGUUGAGCUGUGAGGUGCUGCCAGUGAAGGAGGAACAGACAGCAUCACUGUCUCCACCAGCCUCUCCUGCCCAGACUCCCUCCCCAGCCCCCAGCCCUCCACACACUCAAAGAGACACGUCACUGAUACAGAACUGUCCCAGAGCGGAGGCACUACACUCCCCCACCACCAGCCCCUCACCUCCCCCUUCACCCGCAAGACCAGCCUGCCCCCCAGGGCAGCUAGCAGCAAACCUCUCCGAGCUCCUGGUCCAGCUGCUUGCCGCACAGAGGGAUGGGAACUCCGGGCAGGCCAGCAUUGUCAGGAUCCUGGCCUCGAUGAAGGAGCAGCAGGCGCAGCAGUUGGGGGUUCUCCAGAGCCUGGCAGAGAAGCAGAGUCACAUGGUGGAGCGCCACAAGGCUCUAGAGCAGCGGCUGGGUGAGAUCAGCACCAGUCUGAACCAGCUCGUUGCUGGCCUGCUCCCCACUCUGCAGCUCCUGAGUUCAGCUGCACAGGGCCUGCACACUCCCCUUGUCUCCCAGCCCUGUCCCCCUCCUGCUCCUGACUGCUAGCCUUCCUGUCGGUGUCACGCUAUCCACAGCUCUGCUACGGGGCAAAGACAGUGAUCAUCAUGGGCUUCUAAAGUUCCUUUCAUGGCAGAAACUGUCGCAGCUGUCAGACUGUAGGGUAGUUCACUUUCUUUUUAUGUCUUUCACUUCCAGAGGGCGGGUUUGAUUCUGGUUUAAUCCCAAUUGAUAUGAGUGUAAUCCACAACAACAUGUAUUCAGUGCUAGUGUCCUCCUCUGCUUGAGGACCAGGCCUGACUGGCAGGCAGGAUUGAGGAGAGCCGUGAGGGGAAGCUCCCGUGAGCCAGUACCAUCGUACCUCACCUUUCAAUAACUCUAAACAUUCAUUUGUAAUUUUAUAUUAUAAGCAUUCUGGUUGUGAUGUGUUACUUUUAGUUUCAUGUUGUAGAACUGGAUAAAUACAUGUUCUUGUGCAGUUCUCUUGUCUGGAGUCUUUUCUACGCCCCACUGGGGUCAGAUUUCCUUUGCGAGGAGGAUAUAGUGGAGGCGGCUGGCCAUCUGCAUGUUCGUUUGAGGUGAAAUUUGGAAUUAACACUAUCAAGCAGAAGUUACUAAGACAUCAGAUUCUGGGGAUAUAAGGAGGUGUCUGUUCAUACAUGUGUCUGUCUCCGUCACACUUCAAUGUUUGAAUAUAUCGGGAGAAGUGCUUAUCAAGCAAACUCUUAUUCUGUACCAUUCUGUACAAUGUCUGUUAAUGCAGUCGUGGAUAUAUCUGGAGAAGCACUUAUCAAGCUGUGAUUAAACAUGUCAUUGCAAACUCUUAUUCUAUACCAUUCUGCACAUACUGUUGAUGUAUGUCAUGGUCAUCCACUUUUUCAUCAUGGCCCAGUUAUAUUGUUGCUGAUAAUUCAUUAAAAACUGUGCUACAUGUGAAGCAUACUGUGAUUUGGCAUUACAAUGCACCACAUGUCGACCUGUUCCUAUCCAGUUUUAAAUAACUUUAGUAUAACAGAGGCAGAAGUGUUAAAGGGACUAGGAGCUCUUAAAAUAUACAAAUCCCCUGGGCCGGAUGACAUCCUCCCAAUAGUACUCAAAGAAAUAAAAUAAGUUAUUUACAAACCGCUAACCAAGAUCAUGCAACAGUCUCUUGACACGGGUUGUACCGACAGACUGAAAAAUAGCAAACGUAAUACCGGUCCACAAAAAGGGAGACAAAACCGAACCAGGUAACUACAGACCAAUAAGCCUGACUUACAUUAUAUGUAAACUUAUGGAAACUAUAAUAAGAUGUAAAAUGGAAAAUUACCUAUAUGGUAACAAUAUCCUGGGAGACAGUCAGCAUGGUUUUAGGAAAGGGAGAUCGUGUCUAACUAACCUGCUUGACUUUUUUGAGGAUGCAACAUUGACAAUGGAUAAUUGCAAAGCAUACGACAUGGUUUAUUUAGAUUUCCAGAAAGCUUUUGACAUAGUCCCGCAUAAAAGAUUAAUUCUCAGGGAUUAUUAUUAGGUCCUCUGCUAUUCCUAAUCUACAUUAAUGAUUUAGAUUCUGGUAUAGUAAGCAAACUUGUUAAAUUUGCAGACAACACAAAAAUAAGGAGUGGCGACAAACACUGUUGCAGCAGCAAAGGUCAUUCAAAAUGUUCUAGACAGCAUUCAGAACUGGGCAGACACAUGGCAAAUGACAUUUAAUAAGAGAAAAGUGUAAAGUAUUGCAUGCAGGCAAUAAAAAUGUGCAUUAUAAAUAUCAUAUGGGAGAUACUGAAAUUGAAGAAGAGAACUAUGAAAAAGACCUAGGAGUUUAUGUUGACUCAGAAAUGUCUUCAUCUAGACAAUGUGGGGAAGCUAUAAAAAAGGCCAACAAGAUGCACAGAUAUAUUGUGAGAAGUGUUGAAUUUAAAUCAAGGGAAGUAAUGUUAAAACUUUACAAUGCAUUAGUAAGACCUCGCCUAGAAUAUUGUGUUCAGUUCUGGUCACCUCGUUACAAAAAGGAUAUUGCUGCUGUAGAAAGAGUGCAAAAGAGCAACCAGAAUUAUCCCAGGUUUAAAAGGCAUGUCGUAUGCAGACAGGCUAAAAGAAUUGAAUCUAUUCAGUCUUGAACAAAGAAGACUACGCGGCGAUCUGAUUCAAACAUUCAAAAUCCUAAAAGGUCUAGACAAUGUCGACCCAGGGGACUUUUUUGACCUGAAAAAAGAAACAAGGACCAGGGGUCACAAAUGGAGAUUAGAUAACGGGGCAUUCAGAACAGAAAAUAGGAGGCACUUUUUUUACACAGAGAAUUGUGAGGGUCUGGAACCAACUCCCCAGUAAUGUUGUUGAAGCGGUCACCCUGGGAUCCUUCAAGAAGCUGCUUGAUGAGAUUCUGGGAUCAAUAAGCUACUAACAACCAAACGAGCAAGAUGGGCCGAAUGGCCUCCUCUCGUUUGUAAACUUUCUUAUGUUCUUAAUUACGCAAUAUUUAUUUUGACCCCCUUAUCUCCAAUUAGAUUUGUGUUUCAUUUACUAAUACGUUGUGGUCUUGUUUUUUUCUGGCAAAAUCAUUACAUGCACUGACUAGAUCUCUUCUAAAUCAUGGGAAAUUAGGUAAUUCUGCACAACAGGGCAGCAGUGUGGAGUAGUGGUUAGGGCUUUGGACUCUUGACCGGAGUGGGUUCAAUCCCAGGUGGAGUUCAUUGCUGCUGUACCCUUGAGCAAGGUACUUUACCUAGAUUGCUCCAGUAAAAACCUGACUGUAUAAAUGAAUAAUUGUAUGUAAAAAUAAUGUGAUAUCUUCUAACAAUUGUAAGUCUGCUAAGAAAUAAAUGAAUAAAAUAAAUAAACUACCAUUUAUAAGCACCAGAUGGCAGCCUAGUUCGCUGGCUAUAGUGCAAACUGCAUGAUUUGCUGCUGCUGCUUUCAACACCCAGUUCUGUUUGAGAACGUACUU